GACAUCUUAGAUCCAUCCAAAGGCUACAGUAGUAAAGACGGUGCAGUAACUGUUGAAGUACAAGUAGUAGCUGAUGCUCCACAUGGUGUAGCUUGGGACUCUAAAAAGCAUACAGGAUAUGUUGGUCUGAAGAAUCAAGGUGCUACAUGCUACAUGAAUUCAUUGCUGCAGACACUUUAUUUUACGAGUGCCCUUUGCAAGGCUGUGUUUCAAAUGCCGACUGAGAAUGAUGAUCCCAAUAAGAGUGUUGCUUUUGCAUUACAAAGAGUCUUCUAUGAGCUAAUGCACAGUGAUAAAGCUGUUGGAACUAAAAAACUGACAAAAUCGUUUGGGUGGGAAACUUUAGACAGUUUUAUGCAACAUGAUGUACAGGAAUUGUGUCGUGUGCUUCUUGACAACAUGGAGAGUAAAAUGAAAGGAACUUGUGUUGAGGGAACAAUACCAGAGCUUUUAGAAGGGAAAAUAUUUUCAUACAUCAAGUGUACCAAAGUUGAUUACGUGUCAACAAGAUUGGAGCCUUUUUACGAUAUUCAACUCAAUGUAAAGGGGAAGAAAAACAUCUAUGAAUCCUUUAAGGAAUACAUAGAGGUAGAGCUACUUGAUGGAGACAAUAAGUAUGAUGCUGGGGAGCAUGGUUUACAGGAAGCCAAAAAGGGUGUUAUCUUCAAAAAGUUCCCACCUGUGUUGCAUCUGCAGCUGAUGAGAUUUCAGUACGACCCGCAAACCGAUGCAAACAUUAAAAUAAAUGACAGAUAUGAAUUUUACGAAAAGAUUCAACUGGAUGAUUACCUCCAGGAGCCUGAAGAUUCACCAGCAAAUUACACAUUACAUGCUGUACUAGUACACAGUGGUGAUAAUCACGGAGGGCAUUAUGUGGUAUAUAUCAAUCCCAAAGGAGAUGGACGGUGGUGUAAAUUUGAUGACGAUGUUGUCUCACUGGCAAGUAAACAAGAAGCUAUAAACAAUAAUUAUGGUGGCUACGAGGAUGAUAUAGCUGUAAAGCACUGUACAAAUGCAUACAUGUUGGUGUACAUAAGGGAUUGCACUAUGAAUGAUAUAUUACAAGAAGUUGUGGAAGAGGAUAUCUCAGAUUCUCUUAUCCAAAGACUUCAAGAAGAAAAGAAACUAGAAGUACAAAGAAGAAAAGAAAGAACUGAAGCACAUUUGUAUAUAACAGUUGAGGUUAUCACAGAGGAUCAGUUUUGUGGUCAUCAAGGACCAGAUCUUUUUGACUUUGAAAAAGUUAAACUCAAAAUAUUCAAAGUGUUGAAAUCCCUUAAGCUACAUGAAGUUCUGAAAAUCAUGGCAGAUGGAUUAGGAUACCCUGUCAAUCAAAUAAGGCCUUGGCCUUUGCAGCAGCGAAGUAAUGGUACAACAAGGCCUGCAUUAAUAGAUCUAGAUAUUCACUUGGAUAAAACAAUAGGAAAUGCUGUGGGAGCACCGUCAUGGUUACUAUUCUUAGAAACAGUUGAUCCAGAGAAUGGAUGCGCGCCGCUUCCAAGCUAUGAUAAAAAAAACGAUGUCUUGUUGUUUUUCAAGUACUUUGAUCCUGUUCUGAAGUGUAUAGCCUCAGUAGGGCAUCUGUAUGUGCCCUUUACUACUAAAUUUGUUGAUCUGAUGCCUUACCUGUGUGAACAAGCUGGAUUACCACAGGGAACCCCUCUUUCAAUAUUUGAGGAAGUAAAAGCAUAUUAUGCUGAACAAAUUAAGGAAUUAAAUCAAUCAAUUGAAAAUGGUGUUGAAGAGCUCACUGAUGGUGACAUCCUUUGUUAUCAAAGAGCUGAUCUGGAUACAAAUCUAAAUGUGGUUGAGUUUUUCAGAGAUCUCCACCAUCAAGUUGAAGUGCUGUUUUGUGAUAAGAACAACCCUGCUGAUCCUGGUUUUACUGUAAUGCUGUCAAGAAGAAUGAAUUAUAUACAGGUUGCUAAAUCGGUUGCCACUCAUCUUGAUGUUGAUCCAAUGAAAUUACAGUUCUUUAAGGGCCAAAUUUAUCGUGAUGCCCCUGGUAACCCAUUACCAUGUACCUUUGAUGGCACACUUCGCGACCUCCUGAUCUACUACAAACCUCGUGGCCCAAAGAAACUUUACUACCAAGUCCUUAGCAUCCCGAUAACCCAGCUAGAGAAUAAACGGCAAUUCAAAUGCACAUGGAUGAUGAGUGAUACUAAAGAAGAACACGACCUGGUGCUCUGGCUGAACAAGGAUGCCCUGGUGGAAGAUUUACUAGAGGAAGCAGCCAUACAGAUGGAGUACUCAUCUAGUAUUGUUGAAAACUUAAGGCUACUGGAAAUUAUUAGUGCAAAAGUAUUCAAUACUAUCUCUCAUGAUACUCCAUUGGAUGACAUUGUUAAUCAAGGACAAAGGAGCUUCAGAAUAGAGGAAAUCCCAAGAGAUGAGAUGAAUUUGAAAAAUAAUGAGAUACUAAUUGGUGUUGCUCAUUUCAAUAAGGAAAUAUAUCAAACUUUUGGGAGUCCAUUCCUUGUUAAAGUUUCAGAUGGAGAGACAAUGUCUGAACUUAGAGACAGAGUGAAGACAAAAGUUGAUUUACAAGACAAAGAGUUUGAUAAGAUUAAAUUUGCUAUAAUCAACAUGGGAAGAGCAAACUAUCUACCCGAAGAAUCUGACCAUGUGAUUUCAAUAAAGGAUUUCCAGCCUCUUUUAUCAACAAACACUCAGCCGAUUCCAAAACCCUGGCUGGGACUUGAUCAUGCCAACAAGGCUCCAAAACGCUCACGGUACAGCUACUUAGAAAGACCAAUCAAAAUCCACAAUUGAAGCAUAGCUAAUAUUUUAUAAUCUCGGUAUAUCUCCUUGAAGUUUUUACCCAGGAUGUAAUGAUUUUUCUGUACCAUAGGUAUAUUUACAAUUAUUUGCAAUCCUCCAGUUUUCAGUUACCACUAGCUCUUUUCUAGCCUUGCUACUUGCUUCUUUUGUGCCAACAGAAGAAAAGUGAUAUUUAGGUCUACCUAUCCAUCCCCAACUCAUCCUCAUGCAUCCCCAACUCAUCCUCAUGCAUCCCCAACUCAUCCUCAUGUAUCCCCCUACCAAUAUCUGUGCAUCAAAACUCAUACCCCAUGCAUCCCCCACUCAAACCUGAUGCUCACCUACUUCAUCUUACUAUCCUACCACCCAUCUUCACCCCUCCUUUUGCCGCAAGAAUUUCCAUACCUAAACUAGAACAUACCUUGCUUACACCCUUCAAUCUCUUUGUGAGUUCUAAUCCGCUCCGUAUUAUGUGAGAAAUGUAUAUUAUUAAUUCUUAACUACACUGUCAUUUAGACAGAGAUAAUACAGUAUAAAUGGUAGUUUACCAUGAUUUCAGUAGCAUGACCCUUAUUAUUUAAAUGUGUACUGAGACUAUUUUCCAUUCAGCAAUGGAGUUUAAAACAGAAGUUAAAUCAGUCUGUAGAACUGUGGGACUAGCCCCACAGUCUUAUCCAGCACUGACAAUAAAAUUAUUUUGUCUAGUCCUCCUUUGGACUUAAGAAACUYAAUAAGACAAAUUGCAAGUAAAUAAGGCUAGCAUAGAAUAACAGGUUGCUCAAAAUGAGAGUAUUGCAUAAGCUCCCUUGUAACUUAUGUCCAUCAUAAAAAUUAAUGCUACUUUAACUUUAAUAGUAUUUAAAUAUGGUUUAUGAAAAAAUAGAUGCAUGAUGUAUCUCCUAAGAAAAGGUUUUAUUGCAUAGUUGGUUAUUUAUUGGGUAUUCUGGGCAUUCAAACCACUAACAAAUAGCAACCUUAAUGGACCACCAACUGAUAAUCUAGCAUCAAACCUUGAACAACCUAUCAAUUGCCCUCAAAUUUCGUAACGACAAACACCCUACCAAUAACCUCAAAUCCUGCUAAUAUGCCAGCACCUUACCAACAACCCACAAACCAUCUACCACAAACCUACCAACAACCACCUACUGACAACCCACUGACCAUCUACCAAUAGCAUACUGACAACCCACUGACCAUCUACCAAUAGCAUACCAACAACCUGCCAACUUACCAACAACCACCUACUGACAACCCACUGAGCAUUUUCCACCAAUAAUUUUGGGAUUGUUCUUUACUCCUACCUUGUUUUCCUACUAUAAAGCUGGUUAUGUUUUUGUCUAAUUAUUGCUGAACACAAAGAAAAUCAGGUAAGAUUUAAUAGUCACCCAUAAUAAUAAUGAUGAUGCCUGGAUGUCCAAUGAACCAAGAGUGUAAUAAUUUAGUGAGAUAAAGACAUUAUUUAAUGUUGACACGCUGUAGGCUGAGAAUGUUGUCAGGAUUGUCAUCCUGCUUGAGAUGUUAAUUGUUUGUCAAAACUAAAAUCUUUAUGGCAUUAAAAGAAAUAAUUUGCCACAGAAUAAGGUAAUUAAUUACUACAUAAUUCCAGGUGAAAUUAAACUGAGUUAUUUUAUUAAAUUUUUUCUACUGAAA